ACAACAAAGAUUAUCAUUAAACAUAAAGCAUGUUUUUGUGUUAUUUUACUUUUGAAUUCUGUCACAUGUUCUAUGCAUGCAAUGACAUUGAUACACAAGAUAAGAUACUGGAAUUUUGUCAAAUCCUUAACAAGUACUUGUCAUAGUUUGGGGAAAAACUGUUAAAAAUUAGGCCUUCAUAUUUAAGCAGUAUUGUCUAUGUUAUGUGUACUGACAAUACACUACAAACCUCCAUCAUUGGAGAACAUUGGUUCUCACUAAAACAUUGUGAGGCCUACAUUAGUGACAGCUAGGCAUUUAUCAUGCUAUUAAAGGUACAAUAACUCCCUACUCUAUCCAUGCUUUUAGGAUGGAAGAAUACUGUUUAUGGACAUAACUAUGUUAAACCUGAAGUACUGUGAGCUAAAGGCACACAAGGAUCCUGUGGUUUCUUUGAUGCAUGACAUCGAUCACAAUCAGUUGCUAAAUACAUGCCAGGAAUUGCACAAUAAACUGGUACAAAUCUGGAGUUUGCCUUUCUUGGAACUGUUGCACCAGGUCCCCCUAUGCAAUGAUGUGACUGCCUUCACAAGGAUGAUGGGGUCCUUGUUCCUGGGCCAUAAAUCUGGAGCUGUUGCCAUUGUAGAUAUCCUAAUAAACAGAGGAUUUCCUGAGCAAGAGAGGAGACCUCACCCAGGGCACAAGGAAGAUAAACCCAACGAUGAGAACGACGACACAAGUUUCAAACAGGAACACCGUGGUCCAGUGUUAAGUGUGGACUCCUGUCCAUCCCUUAGUCUCUUCAUGAGCUGUGGAUCUGACUACACCAUUAAACUGUGGGAUUUUCAAAAGACUCUGGUGCUUGAUUCCAUAUGUAAGUCCUUCAUCUAUGAAGAUCCCAGCCUGAAGCAUGAUUACAGGAAAAGAGACCAAGAGACUGAUAUUUUAGACAUGGAGUCAUACCUGGUACCAUACAAGGGAUAUGACUUGACAGAGUGUAGUCUAGAAGAGACUGAUGAUACUACAAGUCAGUUUUCAUCUGGGAGGGUUCCAUAUGCUGCCUCUGCCACCUAUCGGUCUCCUCGAGAUUCGCAGGCAUCCAUCAGUGAAUUUCUGAUAACACCUGGUAGUUCUUCCAUGGAUCUGCAAGAGCUAUGGCUAAUGUAUGAGCAAAUGCGGUUGUCUCCUAGACCAGGGCACCCUGGUGAAUCUGUCCUGGAUAAACUCCAGAUUGGAAUCUCCUCUGAGCAUCUGUCACCAACCCCCAUUCCCCCCAAAGAGCCAGAGACAGAAGAACAGACUCCACAAGAUAAACCAAAGCCUUUACCAGAAGACCUAAAAGAAGAACCUAAAGCAAAGGCACCAAGAGUUAAGCAAAAAGCUCCAGAGCCACAGGUGGAGAUGGAGUAUGUGUCACGCUUCAGCAAUAUCAAAACUGGCUUCAGUUCCAAGCUGCCAAUGCUGGAUUUAGGUGAUAAAUGCACUGAAACACAAGUCACCACACGAGAGACUGGAUACAUAGAGAUUUCAAUGGAAAAAAGCGUCCCGACAAAAACAAGAAAAGAGACCACUCUGGAUUCAAAGGUCAGAGGUCGUCAGGGAGCGAAGAGAAAGUUAAGAAAGAUUACCACAGGGAAGCCUGAAAUUCUGUCGAAGAGUACAAAAGCAGAAUUGAGAAGUUUACCUGUGGGUGAAAAAGCAAUCUACCAGCUCGAUAAACAGUUGGAUGUGAAUAUUCCUAAACAUAAUGAAUUACCGGUGCAUGGCCUACUUUAUGAUACUGAGACAGCUGUUCCUGAACCCAAUGAUGUCUCUGAAACUAAAAAAUAUGCAAAACAAAAGAGGAUCCUGAAAAAUGUUUCAUCUGGACGGAUUGAGCAAGAGUUUGUACUGCUUGAAGGUGCACAGCAUAGGUUAGGCACAGAUGAUAUCCAAGUGGAGGAUAAAAUGCAAAGGCACUGGCAAAGUGAAAAAAAGACUGAAGAAGUACAGAGGCCCCAAGAGCUGAAAAGGGAAUCUUCAGAGAGGAAAGUCCCUUUUGUGAUGAAACAAGAUGCUUUUGAGCAUUAUAAGUGCUGGAUAGACAGAGAGCUGGAAUGGCAUGAAUGUUCAAGACUGCGGAAAAAUGAAAGAAAUCAGCGUGUACACCUCAAUCGAGGGAUCCUGGAAAUGAAGCGGCUACAGCACUGGCAGAGCCAGUCUUACCACUGGGACUGCAUGCCAUCUCACACAUCAUCUCACAACGUUCCUUUCUGCAGUGCAUCUUCAUCUGAAUCCCUCACUGUGAAGGAGAGCGCUGGUUUCCGGACCUCUAAGACGCCCCCAAGAGGAAUCUCCUGCCCCCCUCUCUCUGAACCCCUCUCCCCACUUUCCCAAUCACACAGCAGGGUCCGUCUGCCCCACAGGGCCACUGGGGAAGAACAUCCUUUCAGGUCAGUGAAAAAGGAAAGCAAGGGUUAAUGCUCACUACCUCUU